UAGAUUAUGAUUAAAGGAUAGUUCUAAGAAAUCCAGCUAAAGUCUAAUUCCUCCCUUUUUAAGUAGUGUCAAGUAUAUAUCAUUUCUUGAUUCAUACUUGAAGAAAUUCUCAGACUAGCCGACGUCAGGAAUUGAGAAUGGUACAACUCUAGUCUUCUGUGCGUACAAAUAUUGAAAAAUAUUGAUUUAUCUUUUAAAAGCCUUUAAAAAUAUAUCUAUUUAGAAAUAUUGCGUUGAGAUUACAGGUAUUUUAGAAAGAAGAGUACUCAAUACUCAACAGUUUGGGUGUGCAUGAUAUCUGAAAUAUCACAGUUCAUUUGUUUCAUGGGAAUGUUGUAAGUCAAUAAAGGUUCUUGUUAGCCAAUCAGCAUUGAACUAUUAUAUGGCUUCCUCCAACUUUUAAUAGCGAAUCAUAAUAAAGGGUCUUGAUAGCCAAUGAGCAUCGAGCUGCUGAUAACUUCCUCCAGAUCGUUUGCCAAUAGCCAAUGAGAGGGGCGGGGGUUUCAAUUGAGUAGUGCAUAAAACGAAAAGGAUUUUUUCUAAAUGUAAUGGCAAACACAUAUCGUAAACACAUUGGUCGUUUAAAAGUUUCAUUAGCUCACGAUCAGAUGGUCUAUAAAUGAAGAUCCUUUGAUUACAGUACCUUUUUUAAUGAUUUACAGCGGUGUAAUCUUUUCGUCCUCCAUCCUUUUUUCCCCAGAUCUUAAACUAAUACCACAAUAUGUCCAUUGAUUUUAGCGUGAAACUUUUGCCUACGAAUUCGAGAUACGAGUUACUAUUUUGAUUUUCUUCCCGCAUUAUACAUGAUUUCAGUUAAGUGAGUCGGAAGCGGCUUUUAAAUUGCUCUCGUCAGUGUUCAAGCAAUGUGAUUCUCUUCGAUUGAUUGAUUGAUUGAUUGAUUUAGUGUGGCAACCAUUUGAGUGUCAUGGUGCGUCCUUCGCGGAACUGAGUUUCCCAGUCGUGACAAAACUGCGACAGUUUUCAAAUAUCACGAUGUAACUAAAGUAUUCAAGCAUUUGGAAGAAUGACACACUGUGCGGUUGCUUGGAAGCCAUUUUAGUGUCAAGAACGGACGGGAGAGCUUCCCGCUCGGCUCAUAUAUGCAAUAAAACCUACUCUAAAGCAGUUAGUAUAGAAUUUUCAUAUCAGAUAACGAGUUCUGUAGUAAUCAAUGAAUAGAUGAUAGUCCGUAUGCGCUUUUAAUAUCUUAAAUUCUUGGAUGCCAUUUGAAUGUCACAUAAACAAAGUUACAUGGUCAAAGAAAACCUGAUCUAGACCAGUUAUAUAAUCGUAUCUAUUUGUGAUUCAGUGAUUGGUUUGCUCCAUCUCGCAAUGGAGCAUGCGCAGAGAAAUAUUAUAAUAUAAGUGGAAGCCAUUUGAGUGUCGAGAGAGUUUCUCGAUAAGCAUUUUCCAUUAUAACUAUAGAUCUGCUCUUGAGCCAAAAAGUCAACAUAAUUUAAGUAUAAAAAUCUUAAAUUGUUACUUGAGGGAAAAACGGAAAAUUUCUUCGCCAUUAAAUGGUUCUCUCUAGCUUGGAACUCUUGUGGAUUUGGCGGGAACGUUUGACAAUAAAGCAAGCGCGCUUCCCCCAAAACGCUUGGUACACUCACUACGCCGCUAGUAUGCACAUGGUUUUCAUGUGUCGGGACAUUCCCAGACGAUCGGGAAUAACUCCAAGUCUCCGCUCGUCUUGGACGUGCGCACGCAGGCAGGAAGUCGUUGCUAGAGGAAGAUGAGUAUUGAGCGUUGAGUUUCUCGUUUCGCACGCCCUCACAGAGGAUAGAUUUCGACUCAUUUUGAAACUGUCGGUGCGGUUCUGUUUUUUUCCGCCUACGAAAUUCCCAGAAAGACGGGAUUCGGUUCACGGAGUGUAAAAUAUAACUGUAAUCGUAGUAGUGACCCCAGUGGACUUGGAAUUUUCCCUGUGUGUGCGUAAGGGGGAAGGAAGGGGGGUGUAGUAUGCAAAAAAAUAAUAAAUAGAACAAACAAAUAAGCACUGAUUAAACUAACGAAAAGAGAAAGGGCGAGUGAGAGUGAAAGAGAAAAAGAGAGAGAGCGCCCUCCCGCAACGGAAGUGUAACAGGGUUUUUCAAUUAUUUUGGCAAUGUAAACCUCGACACCCACGUACACACCCCAGGCAUAUGUUUUAUAAAAGUUUUUCCUGCGGAAUUUAGAUUAUAUCGCGUAAUGUGAGUCAAACGAUGUUUCAAGUGCUUGACUAAAACACUUGUGAUUCACUGCUAGCCACGAAAUCCCACAACCUGCACUUCAACGUAUUUCAUUCUUUUAUUUUUCGCAGUUUUAUUAACGUCAUAUAUAGAACCAACCUCUAGCUUUAGAGUUUUUGGCAAAGAUUUGGUUCCAACAGUGAAUAUGUCCUUAAGGUUAUUACUUUACGCCCAGGGACACAAGGUAUAUUGUUCGCGCUGGAAGAAAGUAUUCUAAAGUGUCAUUGAUCUUAUCUUCAUGUCGACGAAUGUCAUUGAUCACGGAAAGAACACAAGAGAUAUCUUCUUCUCCCGCGCGGAGCCCUCUCCAGAAACCCAAUACACAACAUCAAAAUGUAUCUAAAAAUCGUAUUCAAGAGCCUUAUUUAUCGUUUUCAUCGCGGUAGAGUUGGACUAGCUUUUCUAAUUUGGAUGUUAGUUUUGAUUAACGGAGAUAUCGCACCUCGCGCUUAAGUUCAAGGUCCAUGGACCGGCUUACAAGUCCGAUAUAAGUCUUUAUCUCCGUAAGAAAAUCCAGGUAUAAAAGAGGUGUCUGUUCUUGAAAAGAUUCGUUUGGACAACACAUCUCUGCAUCACCAUGUCAUUUCCUGGCGGCUACAACUCAACAACUCCUUUUGAUAAAAUGAACGAUUCUGUUGCUUUGACUUUACGAGCCUCUCAAGGAGAAGUUGUAGUAUCUUUGAUAUUUAAUAUAGCUCUAAUGGCGACUGUGAUUGCUGGCAAUGGUUUGAUUCUCAGCGCCUUUGCGAUCAAUAGUCGAAUGAGAACUGUACAUAGCAUUCUGAUCAUUGGUCUAUCGUCUGCAGACCUUUUAGUUGGCGCCAUUUCAAUUCCAUGCUGGAUCUACGUGAUGUAUCACCAACACAAUAACUAUCCCAUAAACUUUUAUGGCUAUCAGUUUUACAUAACUGCGGACAUUUUUAUUGGAGCUUCGUCGAUCUUCCAUUUAACAGGAAUAAGCAUCGAGCGCUGUCAUGCUGUUAUGAAGCCCAUCAUCCACAGAUUGUUGUCAAGAAGGAUCUUCUACUCCGCUUCAGCUGUGGCUUGGUUCUUCGCUGCAAUCAUUGCAAUACUCCAACCUGUGCAGUUUCAAAACUGGGAAAAAGUCUACACCCUUUUGAAUGCCAAUCUUAUCUUCUUUUUACCCACUGGCAUCAUCAUAAUCGCUUACAUCUGUGUCUUCCAAAGGUCCAAAUUUGGACCCGGAGUCUCUCUAACUCGACACCGAGCGAGCCGAGCAGUAUUCGCAAGAGAAGUUCGCCUGUCGUUGACUCUUGGGUUAAUCACAGUUCUGUUUGUGUUAGCGUGGUUGCCUUUAUUCACGCUCACGAUGAUAGCAACCUUCAACCAUAAACUUCUACCCGAUUCGGUCAUGAUAACACAACGUCUUCUCGGAUUUGUCAAGUGGAUGCAUUACUGCAGCAGUGCUCUUAACCCAUUUCUCUAUUCCUACAGAAACAAUGACAUGCGUGGCACUAUCAAGCUGAUUAUCCAGAAGCACUUCUUCAGACAGAACAUUUGCUUAGAAGAACUGUAUCCUCGUCAUCGUAGAAGAAGCACAUUCUCUUCACGGUCAAGCUUCAGUGUGCACAAGAGACUAGUGACAUCGAGCUUUAGGCCUGCGAGCGUUUCGUCUCAGUACUCUGUUUGCUCAUUCCGUAGCAGAAACAAAAGUGAAGACGACGACAACAACAAUAAAGGAAAAGGUAAUAACGCUAGACAUAAUGGACAAGUGAAAGAUGACCAGUCCGCUGCUUUAACCUCUUCUGGGCAAUCCUAAGGGGCCAGUAACUGUUUAAUAGAAAAAGCCGUGUCUCCGUAGUUUAGUCAGGGCGUGUUCACACUUAUAGUGCUUGGACACUCGUGCUCUAACACAAGGUUCCAACCUUUUACUCUGGCACAGCACCCGUCCCUAAAUUUUGGCGUAGGUAUUUCAAAAUUAGCUGAGUUUAGUCUAAAGCACCCUUGCUCGGGGUGUGAUCACGCUCUGAUCGGCUCGGACACUUAGUGUUCAAAUACAAGACCCCAACUCACCCCGUCCCUGAAUUCGAACACUGGAAGUUAGGUGAACUCACCUAAUUUUCACCUUGAACUCACCUAAUUUUUAACUUCUCAGUGUCAGUCAGGGACGGGUUGGAGCUCUUGCAAUUGGCUUGUAAGGCAUURCAGAAUUGUACUUGAGCACCAGGCUCUGGAACCAAGUAUGAACGCACUCUAGUUCUCAUCUUUGAAAUGUGAUACUCAUAAGAUCGAAAAAGCCUAGCAGGCAGAAUUGAGUCUGCGCACUCGGCGUUUAAAUAUCGGUUUGCGUUGCAAGUGAACAUCUGGCCUUAUAUAACGUGGCUUUUCAUACAAAGUAAACACUUCUAAAGGGUCUAAAUAGUGUCGAAGACUCUACUAGUAUUAUAUUUCGAAUAGACCUCUUUACCUUGGGCGUAAUGUUUUCCCAUUUUAGACCACGUGUCAUUCCCUAGAGUAUCAUAGUUUGUUUGACGCUUGUGCAUAAGAAGACACAUGAAUAUGGA